UCCGGGCAGCUCUCCUCCAGCCCCCGGACCUCAGCAGCCGCAGCCCCCGGAUCUCCGCACUCAUCCCCGGACCUCAGCACCGCCGCAGCCCCCGGAUCUCCGCACUCAUCCCCGGACCUCAGCAGCCGCCGCCAUGGACGCCAUCAAGAAGAAGAUGCAGAUGCUGAAGCUGGACAAGGAGAACGCCAUAGACCGGGCGGAGCAGGCGGAGGGCGACAAGAAGCAGGCGGAGGACCGCUGCAAGCAGCUGGAGGAGGAGGUGAUGGGGCUGCAGAAGAAGACGAAGGGUACAGAGGAUGAAGUGGAGAAAUACUCUGAGUCUGUGAAGGAAGCUCAGGAGAGACUGGAACUAGCAGAGAAGAAAGCGGCUGAUGCUGAAUCCGAUGUGGCAUCACUGAACAGGCGCAUCCAACUGGUGGAAGAGGAGUUGGAUCGGGCUCAGGAGCGUCUGGCAACUGCUCUGCAGAAGCUGGAGGAGACUGAGAAGGCCGUGGAUGAGAGUGAGAGAGGAAUGAAGGUCAUUGAGAACAGAGCCAACAAGGACGAGGAGAAGAUGCAUGACCAGGACCUACAGCUCAAGGAGGCCAAGCACGUGGCCGAGGACUCCGACAGGAAAUACGAGGAGGUGGCCCGCAAACUGGUCGUUCUUGAGGGGGAACUAGAGCGAUCUGAGGAGAGAGCAGAGGUUGCUGAGAGUCGGUACAGGGAGCUAGAAGCAGAACUGCGCACCAUGGACCAGAGCUUGAAAUCUGUCAUAGCAGCAGAGGAGGAGGUACUCGACAGGAGGACACAUCUCCCACCUCUUCCUGUCUGUCUUCUGACCACGUUCCCCUACAUAGCCAAUCUUCGAGCUCUCACUCCUGGCUCCACUGUCACUCUCUGCUCUUCCUACAAUGACGCUGAUAGAUCUGAGCCAUCCACAACAUGGCGGCUCUCACUCCUGGCUCUACUGUCACUCUCUGCUCUUCCUACAAUGACGCUGAUAGACCUGAGACAGCCACAACAUGGCGGCUCUCACUCCUGGCUUUACUGUCACUCUCUGCUCUUCCUACAAUGACGCUGAUAGACCUGAGACAGCCACAACAUGGCGGCUCUCACUCCUGGCUCUACUGUCACUCUCUGCUCUUCCUACAAUGACGCUGAUAGACCUGAGACAGCCACAACAUGGCGGCUCUCACUCCUGGCUCUACUGUCACUCUCUGCUCUUCCUACAAUGACGCUGAUAGACCUGAGACAGCCACAACAUGGCGGCUCUCACUCCUGGCUUUACUGUCACUCUCUGCUCUUCCUACAAUGACGCUGAUAGACCUGAGACAGCCACAACAUGGCGGCUCUCACUCCUGGCUCUACUGUCACUCUCUGCUCUUCCUACAAUGACGCUGAUAGACCUGAGCCAGCCACAACAUGGCGGCUCUCACUCCUGGCUCUACUGUUACUCUCUGCUCUUCCUAGAAUGACGCUGAUAGACCUGAGACAGUCAAAACAUGGCGGCUCUCACUCCUAGCUCUACUGUCACUCUCUGCUCUUCCUACAAUGACGCUGAUAGACCUGAGACAGCCACAGCAUGGCGGCUCUCACUCCUGACUCCACUGUCACUCUCUGCUCUUCCUACAAUGACGCUGAUAGACCUGAGACAGCCACAACAUGGCGGCUCUCACUCCUGACUCCACUGUCACUCUCUGCUCUUCCUACAAUGACGCUGAUAGACCUGAGACAGCCACAGCAUGGCGGCUCUCACUCCUGGCUCUACUGUCACUCUCUGCUCUUCCUACAAUGACGCUGAUAGACCUGAGACAGCCACAGCAUGGCGGCUCUCACUCCUGGCUCUACUGUCACUCUCUGCUCUUCCUACAAUGACGCUGAUAGACCGGAGACAGCCACAACAUGGCGGCUCUCACUCCUGACUCCACUGUCACUCUCUGCUUUUCCUACAAUGACACUGAUAGAUCUGAUACAGCCACAACAUGGCGGCUCUCACUCCUGGCUCUACUGUUACUCUCUGCUCUUCCUAGAAUGACGCUGAUAGACCUGAGACAGUCAAAACAUGGCGGCUCUCACUCCUGGCUCUACUGUCACUCUCUGCUCUUCCCACAAUGACGCUGAUAUACCGGAGACAGCCACAACAUGGCGGCUCUCACUCCUGACUCCACUGUCACUCUCUGCUCUUCCUACAAUGACGCUGAUAGACCUGAGCCAGCUACAACAUGGUGGCUCCGACUCCUGGCUCCACUGUUACUCUCUCCUCUUCCCACAAUGACGCUGAUAUACCUGAGCCAUCCACAACAUGGCGGCUCUCACUCCUGGCUCUACUGUCACUCUCUGCUCUUCCUACAAUGACGCUGAUAGACCUGAGACAGCCACAGCAUGGCGGCUCUCACUCCUGGCUCUACUGUCACUCUCUGCUCUUCCUACAAUGACGCUGAUAGACCGGAGACAGCCACAACAUGGCGGCUCUCACUCCUGACUCCACUGUCACUCUCUGCUUUUCCUACAAUGACACUGAUAGAUCUGAUACAGCCACAACAUGGCGGCUCUCACUCCUGGCUCUACUGUUACUCUCAGCUCUUCCUAGAAUGACGCUGAUAGACCUGAGACAGUCAAAACAUGGCGGCUCUCACUCCUGGCUCUACUGUCACUCUCUGCUCUUCCCACAAUGACGCUGAUAUACCGGAGACAGCCACAACAUGGCGGCUCUCACUCCUGACUCCACUGUCACUCUCUGCUCUUCCUACAAUGACGCUGAUAGACCUGAGCCAGCUACAACAUGGUGGCUCCGACUCCUGGCUCCACUGUUACUCUCUCCUCUUCCCACAAUGACGCUGAUAUACCUGAGCCAUCCACAACAUGGCGGCUCUCACUCCUGGCUCUACUGUCACUCUCUGCUCUUCCCACAAUGACGCUGAUUCGACCUGAGCCAGCCACAACAUGGCAGCUCUCACUCCUGGCUCUACUGUCACUCUCUGCUCUUCCUACAAUGACGCUGAUGGACCUGAGACAGUCAAAACAUGGCGGCUCUCACUCCUGUCUCCACUGUCACUCUCUGCUUUUCCUACAAUGACGCUGAUAUACCGUAGACAGCAACAACAUGGCGGCUCUCACUCCUGGCUCCACUGUCACUCUCUGCUCUUCCUACAAUGACGCUGAUAGACCGGAGACAGACACAACAUGGCGGCUCUCACUCCUGGCUCCACUGUUACUCUCUGCUCUUCCCACAAUGACGCUGAGAGACCGGAGCCAUCCACAACAUGGCGGCUCUCACUCUUGACUCUACUGUUGCUCUCUUCUCUUCCUACAAUGACGCUGAUAGACCUGAGACAUCCACAACAUGGCGGCUCUCAGUCCUGGCUCUUCUAUCACUCUCUGCUCUUCCUACAAUGACUCUGCUAGACCUGAGCCAGCUACAACAUGGUGGCUCCGACUCCUGGCUCCACUGUUACUCUCUCCUCUUCCCACAAUGACGCUGAGAGACCUGAGCCAUCCACAACAUGGCGGCUCUCACUCUUGACUCUACUGUUGCUCUCUUCUCUUCCUACAAUGACGCUGAUAGACCUGAGACAUACACAACAUGGCGGCUCUCAGUCCUGGCUCUUCUAUCACUCUCUGCUCUUCCUACAAUGACGCUGCUAGACCUGAGACAGCCACAACAUGGCGGCUCUCUCUCCCGACUCUACUGUCAUACUCUGCUCUUCCUACAAUGACGCUGAUAGACCGGAGACAGCCACAACAUGGCGGCUCUCACUCCUGACUCCACUGUCACUCUCUGCUUUUCCUACAUUGACGCUGAUAGACCUGAGACAGACACAACAUGGCGGCUCCCACUCCUGGCUCUACUGUCACUCUCUGCUCUUCCCACAAUGACGCUGAUAGACCUGAGCCAUCCACAACAUGGCGGCUCUCACUCCUGACUCCACUGUCACUCUCUGCUCUUCCUACAAUGACGCUGAUAGACCUGAGCCAUCCACAACAUGGCGGCUCUCACUCCUGACUCCACUGUCGCUCUCUGCUCUUCUCACAAUGACACUGAUAGAGCAGAGACAGCCACAACAUGGCGGCUCUCACUCCUGACUCCACUGUCACUCUCUGCUUUUCCUACAAUGACGCUGAUAGACCUGAGACAGACACAACAUGGCGGCUCCCACUCCUGUCUCUACUGUAACUCUCUGCUCUUCCUACAAUGACGCUGAUAGACCUGAGCCAUCCACAACAUGGCGGCUCUCACUCCUGACUCCACUGUCGCUCUCUGUUCUUCUCACAAUGACACUGAUAGACCGGAGACAGCCACAACAUGGCGGCUCUCACUCCUGACUCCACUGUCACUCUCUGCUUUUCCUACAAUGACGCUGAUAAACCUGAGACAGACACAACAUGGCGGCUCUCACUCCUGGCUCUACUAUCACUCUCUGCUCUUCCCACAAUGACGCUGAUAGAUCUGAUACAGCCACAACAUGGCGGCUCUCAUUCCUGGCUCUACUGUUACUCUCUGCUCUUCCUACAAUGACGCCGAUAGACCUGAGACAGCCACAACAUGGCGGCUCUCACUCCUGGCUCUACUGUCACUCUCUGCUCUUCCUACAAUGACGCUGAUAGAUCUGAGACAGCCACAACAUGGCGGCUCUCACUCCUGGCUUUACUGUCACUCUCUGCUCUUCCUACAAUGACGCUGAUAGAUCUGAGACAGCCACAACAUGGCGGCUCUCACUCCUGGCUCUACUGUUACUCUCUGCUCUUCCUACAAUGACGCUGAUAGACCUGAGACAGUCAAAACAUGGCGGCUCUCACUCCUAGCUCUACUGUCACACUCUGCUCUUCCUACAAUGACGCUGAUAGACCGGAGACAGCCACAACAUGGCGGCUCUCACUCCUGACUCCACUGUCACUCUCUGCUUUUCCUACAUUGACGCUGAUAGACCUGAGACAGACACAACAUGGCGGCUCCCACUCCUGGCUCUACUGUCACUCUCUGCUCUUCCCACAAUGACGCUGAUAGACCUGAGCCAUCCACAACAUGGCGGCUCUCACUCCUGACUCCACUGUCACUCUCUGCUCUUCCUACAAUGACGCUGAUAGACCUGAGCCAUCCACAACAUGGCGGCUCUCACUCCUGACUCCACUGUCGCUCUCUGCUCUUCUCACAAUGACACUGAUAGAGCAGAGACAGCCACAACAUGGCGGCUCUCACUCCUGACUCCACUGUCACUCUCUGCUUUUCCUACAAUGACGCUGAUAGACCUGAGACAGACACAACAUGGCGGCUCCCACUCCUGUCUCUACUGUAACUCUCUGCUCUUCCUACAAUGACGCUGAUAGACCUGAGCCAUCCACAACAUGGCGGCUCUCACUCCUGACUCCACUGUCGCUCUCUGUUCUUCUCACAAUGACACUGAUAGACCGGAGACAGCCACAACAUGGCGGCUCUCACUCCUGACUCCACUGUCACUCUCUGCUUUUCCUACAAUGACGCUGAUAAACCUGAGACAGACACAACAUGGCGGCUCUCACUCCUGGCUCUACUAUCACUCUCUGCUCUUCCCACAAUGACGCUGAUAGAUCUGAUACAGCCACAACAUGGCGGCUCUCAUUCCUGGCUCUACUGUUACUCUCUGCUCUUCCUACAAUGACGCCGAUAGACCUGAGACAGCCACAACAUGGCGGCUCUCACUCCUGGCUCUACUGUCACUCUCUGCUCUUCCUACAAUGACGCUGAUAGAUCUGAGACAGCCACAACAUGGCGGCUCUCACUCCUGGCUUUACUGUCACUCUCUGCUCUUCCUACAAUGACGCUGAUAGAUCUGAGACAGCCACAACAUGGCGGCUCUCACUCCUGGCUCUACUGUUACUCUCUGCUCUUCCUACAAUGACGCUGAUAGACCUGAGACAGUCAAAACAUGGCGGCUCUCACUCCUAGCUCUACUGUCACUCUCUGCUCUUCCUACAAUGACGCUGAUAGACCUGAGACAGCCACAGCAUGGCGGCUCUCACUCCUGACUCCUCUGUCACUCUCUGCUCUUCCUACAAUGACGCUGAUAGACCUGAGACAGCCACAGCAUGGCGGCUCUCACUCCUGGCUCUACUGUCACUCUCUGCUCUUCUCACAAUGACACUGAUAGAUCUGGGACAGCCACAACAUGGCGGCUCUCAUUCCUGGCUCUACUGUUACUAUCUGCUCUUCCUAGAAUGACGCUGAUAGACCUGAGACAGUCAAAACAUGGCGGCUCUCACUCCUGGCUCUACUGUCACUCUCUGCUCUUCCCACAAUGACGCUGAUAUACCGGAGACAGCCACAACAUGGCGGCUCUCACUCCUGACUCCACUGUCACUCUCUGCUCUUCCUACAAUGACGCUGAUAGACCUGAGCCAGCUACAACAUGGUGGCUCCAACUCCUGGCUCCACUGUUACUCUCUCCUCUUCCCACAAUGACGCUGAUAUACCUGAGCCAUCCACAACAUGGCGGCUCUUACUCCUGGCUCUACUGUCACUCUCUGCUCUUCCCACAAUGACGCUGAUUCGACCUGAGCCAGCCACAACAUGGCAGCUCUCACUCCUGGCUCUACUGUCACUCUCUGCUCUUCCUACAAUGACGCUGAUGAACCUGAGACAGUCAAAACAUGGCGGCUCUCACUCCUGACUCCACUGUCACUCUCUGCUUUUCCUACAAUGACGCUGAUAUACCGGAGACAGCAACAACAUGGCGGCUCUCACUCCUGGCUGCACUGUCACUCUCUGCUCUUCCCACAAUGACGCUGAUAGACCUGAGCCAGCUACAACAUGGUGGCUCCGACUCCUGGCUCCACUGUUACUCUCUUCUCUUCCCACAAUGACGCUGAGAGACCUGAGCCAUCCACAACAUGGCGGCUCUCACUCUUGACUCUACUGUUGCUCUCUUCUCUUCCUACAAUGACGCUGAUAGACCUGAGACAUCCACAACAUGGCGGCUCUCAGUCCUGGCUCUU